CCCUUUGACAGGCGUGGAUGCGUCCACUCUUCUCCGGCUUCCAUGUCUGGCUGAGCCGCGGACGGCAGGCCCUGCUGUUUGGCCCUCGGCGAGCGAAGAGCCACGCGGCACCAUGAGGUUUUCAACGCUCGUGUCCGUGCUGAGGCCGGCCGGGCCGGUCGUGAUCGGCAUUUCGCUGGGCUUCACCUUGAGUUUGCUGAGCGUGAGCUGGGUGGAGGAGUCGUGCUUUGUCGACGGCAAAACGAGCGACGAGGUCGCCUCGGUCGAGGACGGGACUCUGAAGGGAGCCCGUAAACCCAACUCCGUAUCGGCGGGCGGCGAUGGGGAGACCGAGGAGGAUUUUGAGCCCCGGAUCGUCCCGUACAAUAAACAGGUCCAGCAGAGUCCCCCCAAGAAACUUUUCAGGGCGAAGUACAUCAGCACAGAGCUGGGCAUGCGAGAGCCUCUGUUUGUUGGCGUUCUCACAUCCAAAAACACCAUCAAUACACUUGGCGUGGCAGUCAACCGCACCAUCAGCCACCACCUGGACACUGUGGUCUUUUUCACCGGCAUGCGCAACCGCAAAGUCCCACAUGGCAUGUCUGUGGUAACCCACGGAGACGAGAGGCUGAUAUGGAACAUGUUCCAGACAAUCAAGUACAUUCUAGAGCACUACAUCGAUGAGUACGACUGGUUCUACUUUGUCCAGGACGACACCUACAUGGAAGCUGACCGCGUCAAGGCCCUGGUCAGUCACCUGAGCAUGGACCGGGAGCUGUUCAUGGGCAGCCCCGAGGAGUUCAUUGGUGGUGAGAUGGAGGGGAGGUACUGCUACGGAGGCUUCGGGUACCUUCUCUCGCGUACCCUGCUGCUGCGGCUGCAGCCCUUCCUGGAGAACUGUAGGAAUGACAUCCUCAGUGCCAGGCCCGAUGAGUGGCUCGGAAGGUGCCUCAUUGACUACGCCAACACCAACUGUGUCGAUGAGCAUGAGGGGCUUCGGUACUACCACUAUGAGCUGGGCAAGAACUCUGAUCCAAGUAAAGAGGAGAAUGAGCAUUUCAGAAAUGCCCUAACUGUCCAUCCAGUGUCUGACCCUGAACAGAUGUAUCGGCUACACAAGCACUUCACCGAGAUAGAGCUCCAGAAAACCUACGAUGAGAUCGCUAAACUACAGGCAGAAAUAAGGAAUGUGAGUGUGGUUGCAUUUGAUGGCAACCGAAGUGCUCAGUGGCCAGUGGGGAUCAAUCCGCCCUUCGAACCCAAAAAUCGGUUCGAAGUUCUGAAGUGGGAAUACUUCACAGAAGAGCAGAUCUAUUCAUGCGUUGAUGGUGCUCCCAAGUGUGAUUUAAAUGGGGUAGAUAAGCUGGAUGUGGCUGACAUUAUUGACAUCGCCAUGGGAGAGCUGAACAAGAAGUACAAGCCUGUCCUGCAUCUUAAGAAGCAACAGCUGAUAAAUGGUUACAGGCGCUUCGACCCCACCAGAGGCAUGGAGUACACCUUAGAUCUGCUGCUGGAAGUGGUCAACCAGAAAGGCCACAGCCGCUCUCUCACCAAGCGGGUCCACCUGGUGCGACCUUUGAGCCGGAUAGAGAUUAUCCCAAUGCCCUAUGUCACUGAGGCCACGAGAGUUCACGUCAUUAUACCAUUGACUUUUCAGGACCGAAGCUACGUGAGCCAUUUCCUAGAAGUGUUUGCCUCAAAUGCCUUUGAAACAAGUGAAAAUGCCAUCUUGACGUUUUUGUUUAUUUAUGACCCAGUGGAGGCGCAGCAAGUCAACCAGAAUGAUAUAUUUGCCAGCGUCAAGGCUCAAAUUAACACCUACGAACGCAAGUACCCCACAAUAAAGAUCCCAUGGAUCAGUGUCAAGACGGAGACCCCAUCCCAAAUCAAGUUCAUGGACAUCAUCUCAAAGAAGCACCCAGUGGACACACUCUUCCUCCUAGCAAGUGUCAACACCAAUGUCAACACAGAGUUCCUGAACCGCUGCCGCAUGAACUCCAUCAACAACUGGCAGGUGUUCUUCCCCAUCCACUUUCAGGACUACAACCCUGAGGUGGCCUACCAAAACCAGCCGCCCCCUGCCACGGUUGACUUGGUCAAGGACGCGGGCCACUUUGACCGCAGCUCAUUCGAGGAAGCAUGCUUCUACAACUCUGACUACAUGGCAACGCGCACCCGGAUGUCCUCCGACGUCCAGGAGAACGAGGAGAUUCUGGAGACUUUGGACAUAUAUGACAUGUUCGUCAAGUACUCCGUUCUCCACGUGUUCCGAGCCGUUGAGCCGGCGUUGCAUCAACCGUACCGGUACCAGGCCUGUAACCCGCGGCUCAGCGAGGACAUCUAUCACAGGUGUGUCCAGAGCAACCUGGAGGGUCUGGGGUCGCGGUCCCAGCUUGCUAUGUUGCUCUUUGAACAAGAACAAGGAAAUAGUACUUGA